CUGGAGCUCUAAGUCCGCGGGAGUUAAGUCGAGCGGAGCGAGUUGGCCGGCACCAGUGCGACCUUUCCCGCGAGCGCGUCUGUCUCCUGCUCCACGGACGUUCACCAAAGAGAAGAGCCGCGAGGAGAUUACGAUUGAGAGGGAUACGGAGAAGGCCUCCUCUGCCUCGUCCGAAUUGCGGAUUUUAAAGAAGGACAUGACGCUGCUCCUCCGCACACUGGUUUCUUUAGCUAUACUAGUGGUAUCAAUAAUUGCAACUCCCCCUGCUAGUUAUGUCAAGCAGGCCGAUAACGAUAAGAAUACUCCAUCGUAUCGAUAUAAAUACGCAAUCGAAGAUCGGACUGGUGAUGGGCAAGGCAAAACCGAGGCUCGCGAGGGUGAACACGCAAGUGGUCGAUAUUACGUUAGUUCCAAACGAUCGUUGACAGACGUCAAGUACACGGCUGAUGAAUGGGGUUAUCAUCCAUUUGUUCAAUAUGGUUCGUCAGACAAUCACAGCAGCAGUAGUACUACUUUUGCUAUUGGCGAGAGAGCGGUUGCUAAUCUGCCAAAUAAGAAUAUUGCACAACGCACUUCAGAUUUGUUACAACCAAGGGAUAGAAUACAGCUUGUAAGAGUUGUUCAACCAUUUCAAAGAACUAAACAAAGCAUCGAAGGAAAUGAUAUAUUUAUUGUAAAUAGCAAUGAAACAUGGAUGCCCGAUGAUUCGUCCGAGCGCGUUCUCCUAUCUGAGAUGUCCUUGCAGCCCAAUUCAAACCCUAAACGCAUCAACUCAAUGAAUAUAAAUUACAUGACUCAUAAAUCGCAACGGAAAUUCAGCGGAGAAAAAUUAUUAUCUCGUAAAGAUACUUACCUUGACAAGGAUCGUCAAUUAUCAACAGCACAAAAGCAAUCGAGUUCCACUUCAUCGUUAGGAAACCAUGAAACUUCAAUAGCUUCCGAAGAGGAGCAGUUGGCUAUCGACAAUGUCGGUAGUUUCGGUCAAAAAUUAAACAUACAGAAUAAUGAUAUGCUAAUUAGCUCUACAACGGCAAGUCCAUUAUUAACUCACAGCGAUAUACCCUUGGCUUCCACUACAAUUGUUCAAAGUGAACAAUAUCCUAAUAUCAAUGGGCAACAAAAAAACAAUAAGCCUUAUUUGCCAAAUUUAAUUCCAGGAUUGGGCGCCUAUUCUUCUACUGCAUUUCCAAUCCAAGAUAAUAAUAGCGUUACGGCCAAUUCAAUUGAAUCUGAUAGUGGACAAAGCCAUGAAAGUAACAUUAUUGAUAACGAGGGAUGGAAAUCCUAUUCCCUUAUUAGCAACACUGUAACUGGAAGUGAUUUCGUGACAACGCGUAAUCCACUAAUUACAAAUUACAUUUCACAAAAUAUUUUUUCAAGUAUUUUAACAGCUAACGAUACAGCGGGUAAGUCUAAGGGAAAGAAAGACCACGGCUUUUUGAAACCCAUUGUAGUCGAGGAUGUGCCAAAAGAACGGCCUUUUCAAUACAGUACAACAUUUGAGUGCAAUGAUGUAUCAAGCACACACAAUCCAAUUAUCGCUGAAGAUGAUAACUCCGGAGACACGACGUCGUCUUAUAUAUUGAAUCCUAUUCAAGCGGGAGUCGCCCUUGUUAACGCCGGUGAGGCCCAUCUUAUAGUGAAUGACGUGAUUCCCAAGGAUAAAACACUGCCAGCACCUGUAAACGGGAAAAUUCAAGAGGUCUCUCAAUAUAAUCAGUCUGCUACCGAGCUUGUAAAUUCUAUGAAUACACGAGGAAAUAAUGAUUUAGGCCUUCGUACGCCGGCUAACGAUGAGGAAAAUAUAACGCAAGCAAAGCAUGCAAUUGAAAUGGAAAAAUCUAUUGAAAUAAAGGAAAAUAGCCCGGAGUCUAAUGCAAGAGAUUCUGAAAAAUUUACAUCUUUUCCGGAGACACAGCGCAUUAAGCAGCAACAAUUAUCGCUGCCAAUAAUUAAGGAUCUGCAACAACGACACCUGUAUUCCACAACAAAUACAGCAGAGUUGAAUUCAAGGAAAAUAGCCGACAGUCGCACACGUAGCGAAACGUUAAGUAAAGUUUAUGAAUUGAUGGACACGUAUCCUAGAGACUUAUCCGUUGAGAAACCGGUUUACGUUAUUCCACCAGCAACUUAUAUACUCGAAGAUAGCUCAGUUUUAAAAAAUAGUUUAUUGCAAGAAAAAGUUCAACAAUAUCCGGGGGAUAUGGCCGAUACAAAAAUAAAAUCCGACGAGCAACAGAUACAAAUUGAAACGCAUAAUGGUGCUAAUCAACAACAUUUUCGGACUUUAGAUGGAGGCGUUUCGUAUAAUAGUGACGCUCCGCGCGAACAGCUGGCUGUCGUUGCGAAAAAUGGAGGAACGAAUUUUGAAAUCGCUUCUGAAAAAAUGCCACAACCGACGCACGGCAAUCCAUUUGGGAAACAAGUAAUUGAAAAAAAAGUACCUUAUCACGUAGAGAAGAUUAUGGAAAAGAAAAUGCCAAUACUCCACUCUUAUCCUAUUCAAGUUCAAGUUCCAAUUCCGCAACCAAUUCCCAUUCAUAUCGAAAAGGUUGCGGAGAGAAAAAUACCAGUUUCGGUACAUAUUCCUAUUCAACACCCUUAUUCGCUUGAUAAGCAAAUGCAUGUUCCAAUUACCGUUGACAAGAUUGUAGAUAAAUCGGCGAAUAUUCCAAUCGUCGUGGAAAAGAUGAUUGAAAAUAAGGUUCCAGUUCCUCAAAUUUACACUACCGAAAUAGAAAAGUUAUUAGAGCGAAAUAUACUACAUCCAAUUGAAAUAAGCAAGUAUAUAGAGAAACCAGCUGCAAUGCAAGCUCCUUACGGCGUACAAUAUGGGGUCAGUUAUCAACAAAUCAUGAAGCCACAAAGUCACGGCUUGUACCCCCAUAAGUCCAAUCAAUUAGCCCCCCUGUACGCGCUAUCCGAAUCUUCCAAAAAUUUGCUCGCCAGUCAUACUAACAACAUCACAAGGACCAUAAACGACAUCAAUGUAAAUAAUCUUAAUCACACUCAAUCAUUCCAAGGCUACGUUUACGAUAAACCAGAGAUUCCCUUUAACGAGGGAAAAGACAUUAUUGACAAACAUCAGUUCCCGCACAAUAAGAUUGCUCCAAAAAUUUUUACCUACAAUGCCUACAUACCGUCGUACGCAUUAACGAACUCUGCCCUUCACAGAAGAUAUACCGAUCCCCAGCGUUUAAAUAAACACGAACGUAACGAUUAUUUUGGCCCCGUACCACCGCUUCAUCAUGUUCAAAGACAAUUUGGUUUUCAGUCCAAGGCAUUCUCAACUUAUCCUUUAAUGGCGGAUCGAGCACACAACUCUCGAAAGUCCCGAAAUUACGAACCCAUAAGAUAUCAGAAGGGAAAUUUCAGACAAUCGAAAAUUGAAUAUGGAUUUAAGCCGCCGAUGGUGCCCUCAGUGCAAUACGACGAAGAAACAGCAUCGAAAGUUGAAAGAUAAAAUGAUUUGCUUAAACGGAGACUGUGACAAUUAUUGAGAUUCAUCUUACGUACGUUUAUUGUUAUCAACUGUUUAUGUUUAUAGGUGAUUUGUACAAUAUUAUUUAUAGAUUAAUUUUUUUAAUAGAUGCUCAUUGACUUUUACGUCAUUUUCAUUAGUC